CCCAGCAGCGAGGGUUUCUCGGCUGUCUAUUCCCGUGUCUCUCCUUCUCUCUCGCGAUUCCUUCGACCGCCGUCACCGGAGAAUCUUCUCUGUAUCCGUUGUUCUUCGCUUUCGGAUCAGAAGAUUAUAAAGAGAGAAAAAAAUGCAAGCUUGCUGUGGAGGUGCUCUGAUGAAUUCUGUUCAGCAACCGGGGCGGGUGCAAGGACCCGUUUUUGGCCGGAGAAUAUCACCCAUGACCAAGUUUCCCCAGCAAUUGAGGUUCAGUUCUCUGAAGCCUUGUCGUUCUUCACCCCUUCAAGGCAGCUUUGUCAGUGGAAAGCCACCGUCUUCAGCCUCCGCUCCUAUUCCCCAGAUGGCCGGAAAUGAAAUUCCUUUUGUGGACUAUUCGCUUAGUGAAGCCGAUCCAGAGGUCAGAGAGAUCAUCUCGAAGGAGAAAGAGAGGCAAUUCAGGAGUCUCGAACUUAUAGCCUCGGAGAAUUUCACGUCGCGAGCAGUUAUGGAGGCUGUUGGAUCAUGCCUUACUAACAAGUAUUCUGAAGGGUUGCCCGGUAAAAGAUACUAUGGUGGCAAUGAGUAUAUCGAUGAGUUGGAGACACUUUGCCAGAAGAGAGCUUUAGCAGCAUUUCACUUAGAUGCUACAAAGUGGGGAGUCAAUGUUCAGCCAUUGUCUGGUUCUCCUGCUAACUUUGAGGUCUACACUGCCAUUCUUAACCCACAUGAUCGAAUCAUGGGUUUGGAUUUACCUCAUGGCGGUCAUCUAUCUCAUGGGUUCAUGACUGCGAAAAGACGGGUUUCUGGCACUUCCAUAUACUUUGAGUCUAUGCCUUAUCGACUUGAUGAAUCCACUGGUCUUGUGGAUUAUGACAUGCUAGAGAAAACUGCCACCCUCUUCCGGCCAAAACUCAUAAUUGCAGGAGCUAGUGCUUAUCCAAGAGAUUUUGACUAUGCUCGAAUGAGGAAGAUAGCGGAUUCGGUUGGUGCUUUUCUGAUGAUGGAUAUGGCUCACAUCAGCGGACUUGUGGCUGCUUCUGUCGUUGCUGAUCCCUUUGAGUUCUGUGAUAUCGUUACAACCACUACUCACAAGUCUCUGAGAGGUCCCAGAGGUGGCAUGAUCUUCUUCAAGAAAGAUCAAGUUAAUGGUGUUGAUCUUGAAUCUGCCAUAAACAAUGCUGUCUUCCCCGGUUUGCAGGGUGGGCCACAUAACCACACAAUCGGUGGUUUAACUGUUUGUUUGAAACACGCACAAUCGCCGGAAUUCAAAACUUACCAGAAAAGGGUUGUGGCAAACUGUAAGGCACUGGCAAAUCGUUUGGUCGAACUUGGGUUUAAACUUGUCUCGGGUGGGACUGACAACCACCUGGUUCUUGUCGAUCUUAGACCGAUGGGUAUCGAUGGUGCUCGGGUUGAAAAAAUCCUCGACAUGGCUUCCAUCACUCUCAACAAGAACUCGGUUCCUGGCGACAAGAGUGCAUUGGUUCCCGGGGGAAUAAGAAUUGGAGCACCCGCUAUGACGACCAGAGGGUUCUCGGAGAACGAGUUUUUGGCCACCGCGGAGUUCAUCAAGGAAGGCGUCCAGAUAGCCAUCGAAGCGAAGAGGGCUGCCUCCGGCUCGAAGCUUCAAGAUUUCAUGAACUUCGUGACUUGCUCCGAUUUCCCAUUGAAAGACAGAGUUCAGAGUCUCAAGGAGAGAGUGGAAUCUCUCACAACCAGGUUCCCCAUUCCCGGCGUCUAAUAAGUUUUCUGAGUUUCUUUUUUUUUUGCCACCAAAUUGCAAAAAAAGAAAAACAUCAGUUUUUGAGUUAUUGCACCCAAAACCAAAGAGUAUAUGAACACAGUAGCUAGUUAAGAUUCCCUUCUUUUCUUUUUACAAGAAAUAAUGUGGAUGGCGACAAAUUUAUUAUAACAAUAAAUUAUAAUGUUGCAAAAUCAAAACAUUUAACA